UUUCAAAAUAUCCCCGCCCGCCCGACUGCUACCAGUGCAUCGCAGAUAUUGCAUUUUGUUGUUACUUUACAUAGUACAAAUAUGCUCUGAAAAGGACGAGAAAGAAAGCAUAUGACAAUAAUGUAUAUCGAUUUUAGUAAAAUGUCAAAAAAACUUAAAACUGUUAAUGUCAUUAGAUAAAUUUCUUAUAUAACAUAUCGAAUGAUAGUUUGAGCUUUUUUAAUGAUUGUAUGUCGUCGCAUAUUAACCAGAAGAUCAAUUGUUUUUUAAAUUAAUAAUGGAUAAACUAACCAUCAUUUCGGGAGCUCUAUUUUUGGCAGCCGAUAUGUUUGCAAUCGUUAGUCUGGGAAUGCCUGACUGGAUUAUAACCGACGUUGGCGGAGAUACACGAUUAGGCCUUAUGCUGUCUUGUAUGACUUUAUACAACAGGCCGCAAGUUUGUUAUACGCCCGACUUGGAGCCAGAAUGGUUACUGGCCCUUGUAUUUAUAUUAGUCGGAUGUAUUUUAAUAACGACAACUGUAAUAUUGCUGAUCAGUUCGCAUUGGGAUCGCAAUGUAAUUCCUUACGCUCGAUGGGUCGGAUUUACGGCGAUGGUACUAUUUUGCUUAGCGGCUGUUCUAUUUCCAAUGGGUUUUUACAUUGACGAAAUUGGUGGACAACCAUACCAAUUACCAAAUUCGCAUCAAGUUGGGAUCUCUUAUAUUCUCUUUGUUCUGGCACUAUGGAUCACAGUUAUUUCUGAACUUUUUGCAGGAAAAGUAUGUUUACCACAUUUUUAGCGUUACUCCGUGACAUUUUAUGAUUAUGGCCUUCGUAUUGUUCUCUUUUUAAUGUUCAGUAUCAUGUAUCUUGGAAGGGAUUACAUUUCAAAGUUCGGCAGGAUUUUAUUUUAAGCCGAGUUAAAGUUUCUUAAAGAAAUAACAUCUUUGUUAACUCAUUAUCAUAACCUAUUAAUUUGCUUUACUUUGCUUUAAUAACGAUUAGUAAGCAGAAAUAAUAGUAAUGUAAAAAGUAAGUAAGUAAGUAAGUAAGUAAGUAAGU